CUCAACACGCUGGCGGCCGGCUGUACGGACGGUGCCCGCUGCCUGGCCUACACGAGUGCGGCGCUGCACCAGGGCCCGUCGGCAUCGCCCUCCAGUAGCUCGCUGGUGCACGUGGUGCUGGACGACUGCCAGCGCCACCUGGAGCGCCGCCGCGCCGACGGUGGCGCCGUGCAGCGGCUGGCGGUCAGCUUCAGCCUGCUGGCGGCCGCCGCCCUCGUACAAGAAGGCCGCUCCAUCAUCUGUCGGAGUCCGUUCCUGAGCGGGUUCCGGUUCUGCCGCGGCGAGCGCGUGCCUGACGGCGACCAGCGCCGCCGUCUGGCCGUCACCCGGCUCUGGAUGCUGCUCAUCAAGAACGUCACCUUCUUCGACGAGGGCCAGAAGGUGGUGGCGCGCAUCCCCGAGGUGACGGGCUCCCUGGUGGCGCUGCUGUCGCAGGACGACCUCAGCCUGCGCUCGUCAGCCGUGCUGGUGCUGCGGAACCUCAGUUACCUUACCACUAUGCAGACCGCCCUCAUCAACACCGAGGGGUUCGUGGCGGGCGUGGCCUCGGCGCUACGCUCCGGUCAUCCGGUGGCCUGCUGCGCCGCCGUGGCCCUCUGCUGGCAGCUGCUCACCAACAGCCGCAAGGCCAAGUCGGUCCUGACAUCUGGCGAGCACUUGGAGACGCUCAAGUCCGCCGUCUACUCGUUAGACGGCGUCUCGGACGAGGAGACAGCCGACGUUUUGGCUCGCGUCAAGGAGCUGUUGAAGCAGGACUGUGCACAGGGCUUCAGUCGGCUGCCGACACAUUUCUAGCGCGUUCGCGCCCGCACCGUUAUCGAACGUAAGCGCCGGAUGUUUGCAGCUCGCUUUAUGGCGCGCGCGCCAUGUGAUGGCGCGGGCGUUUGGUCAGGAGAUCCACUUUGACUCCCACCUAUGGCUUUCACGUCGUCUGUUCCCCGUCGUUACCGCGAUAAUGGCUGUGGCGUAAGUUGAUGCGUGUGUGUGCGUGUGCGUGUGCGCGUGCGUGUUCGUGUGCGUGUGUAGGUUUUCUCACGGUGGUCAUGUUCCCAAAAUAUAUUUUGCCACGUGUUUCAAUUGAUGGUUCGGCUGUCGCUUGCCGUUUGUGUUGUUGGAGUGAACGGCGAUAUGGCUUCGUCA